AUGCCAGCAACCACCCGCCGCCGCUCCGGCAACUCAAAUCAAUCCACCCUCUCCUUCGGCGCUCAACACAAAGUCUCCAAGCCCACAACAAUCUCUUCAUCACUCGCCGGCAAAAAGGGUAAGAAAACGACAGAUGUCAGCUCUCCAGCCGGAGAGCUUCGCCGGCGGGGCGCUUCUGGUUCAGUAUCACCGGUAUCCGUAACCUCUCCCGCUGUUGAACCACCAUCUCCAAAAGCCAAUGUCCAGUGUCCCGCUGAGAUCGAGUCGGAGCAAAAGCCCGUUGCGUCAUCGUCGCGGAGUGAAAAUAUCAUUGCUGAGCAGGCGAGGGUUGAAUUACGGCUGCGGAAAUCCGAGGAGGAUAGGCGGGCGGAGGAGCUGACGGAGGAGGAUAUAAGGAAAUAUUGGGAGAACGAGGAAGCAGGGAGGCUUGCGCCGAGGGUACAUCAAGAGCACCUGACGGUUCACGAGAAGAUCCUACGACAUUUCGAUCUGUCUAAUCAAUAUGGGCCCUGUAUCGGGAUUGCACGACUAAAGCGCUGGAGGCGAGCGCAGAUGCUCAACCUGAAUCCACCCAUCGAGGUCCUUGCUGUGCUGCUGAAGGAUGAGGCGAAGGGCAUUGCGAAUGAGAAGGCAUAUAUUGACGAAUUGAUGUCGUAG